AUGGACGGCAUUCUCAAAGCGGUGAGGGAGAAAAUCGAGAUUGAGAAACAGCUCCAGCAUCAACUGGAGACAUGUAGCGCAGAUAUCUGUGCAGCGAUGUUUGAAGAAUUUGCACCGUUUCCUCACAAUUCCAACGGUCAACUCUGUUGGCCCGCUCACUGGGAUGCUGAUGUUGGAGAUUUGCGCAAACACUUGCUGAGAUUCUUUGAGUACGAUGACUGCUUUAGUGGAUGCAGAGCUCAGCGAAUGUGGCCAUUGUACCUGGAAGCGGCUUUCCCGUUCAUGCGAGGGAUGCCUUUGAUUGACAUGCUGACGAGCCUUGUGGUGCGCACAUGGCACCAUCGUUCCUGCGGCAAAGCUUGGUUGCAGAGUGUAGAGUUUUUCUGUGGCAAAGCAAAUCUGUCCUUAGCUGCUUUGGAAGCAGGACUCAAGGCUGCUGCAAUGGAUAAGACCUUGAACCCGGAACACAAUGUGUUGGAAGCACCAGGCCUGAGGCUUGCAUUGCUGUUGCUCACGGCUACAGUGCCAGGAGCUCUGGAGUGGCUUGGAAGCCCUUGCAACAGCUAUGUGGUCCUGUGCAGAGCGCAAUCACUGCGAUCAGCUGACAAUAUGUACCUUGGAGAUGAGAGCAAAUACUUUGUCCUGGAAGGAAAUUGUUUGGGCGACAUCUCUGCACUUCUUGUGCUGCUGGGGGUCAUGACCUUGUUGCGUUUUGGAUUGGAGCAACCGCAAAACUCGGUGCUUCCUUAUAGUGGAUGCAUGGCUGCCGUCUUGCGCUAUGUGGAAGCUGAGCAGACCCUGACCUACCAUUACUGUUUUGGUGGAGAACGUUGA